ACAGAGCCUCCUGUGAUCCUCUGAACUCUGCUCUGCAUCUCUCUGAAGAAAAUAAAAAACGGUAAGUGGGAUGCUUUUCUGAAUAAUUUGAGUUUGUUUGUUAUUUCAUUCAGCAAAUGAAUGUUGAUAUAUCAGAGGUUAUCUCUACUAGGUUCUUUUGUUUCAUACGUUCAUACUAAUAGUUGAGAUUUUGAUAAAAAAUGAUGCAAAGCUCUGAAUUAAAAGCCUAAUUAGAAGUUAAGACAUUUACCUCGUUCUUCGAGCAAAUUGAUCUUGUUUUUUUCGCUCACUUUCAUUCAAUACUGUCAUCACAACUGUUGGUCAGCUGGUGACAAGAUGAUAAAAAUGAAAUGCAAUGACAGUCCAUUUCCUGCUGAACAAAGUGUCUCCUUGUGUCGCUGGAAUUCACUCGGAAUAUUUUCCCUGAUUAUUUUCCCCAAAGCUCUAUCUUUCAUCUGAACAAGGAACUGUCUGUCUCCUGCUCCCUCCUUUGUAGUGUUGUGGGAACGGUGUUGCGAGGAUCAGGUGACAGGGAGAUAGAGAGGCUCCCUUGACCGCUAACACACAAAAGCAGGCAUGCGCGAAGGGGACAAAGAUACACACAUACAAGGACAAAGAUGCACUGUUAAUGCGACAUGAGGUUAUAAAUAAUGGUUGUACUUGAACAUCACUCAAUUUCCCUUUGUUUUUAAACUGGAUAUCAUUUAAUAGAAGUUAUUGUCACUCUAUAAACAACAACUCUAUUUUUAAACAGUUAAUAGUGCAAUGACGCCAAACUAUCCAGGUUUUUUACCUGUGCCUUUGGUAGUCUUCAGGGAGACUUUUAUCUUUCAUUGCCACUCACAUUUCCUCAUUUUCUCCCUAUUGUCAUGAAUAUCUUAUCAUCAUAGAAAUAGGAAAAUAUGAGAGGGUUAUUUGUGCCUUUAAGAGACUCAAACUGUUCUCAUUUCCCUUCAAAUCUACAUCAACUUGAGUUGUUGUUGGAUUUUAACCAAGCUAUAAUGGACAGACUGUAGUGGCACCGACUUUAAAGGAGCCAUCUCCUUGUGAUUUUGUGUGCUCUUUUAAUGACUCCUUACACCAUUCUCAGUGGGUGUUAAGUGGGCUAAAACAUGAUUUCCUACUCGGGUUUAUGUUUCGUCCAAUGUUCAUUCAAAAAGACAUUUGCUUAAGUGCUUCAAAAGAGCUUUUUUGACCGAGGGCUCAUGUUACAAUAGCUUUAAAUGACUCCAGGAGUCUGGUUUUUAAAGAGGUUAUGUAUUUUCCUUAUGUAAUUUGUAACUUUAACAAACUUCUACCUUUUUCUUUCUGGAAAAGUCAUUUUAAGGGGCUGUAUGAAUGAAGUUCGAGUGAUUAAUCCCCCAUGUGCUUAAAAGUACAAUCAUCCACUUGUUUUUCUAUUUUCCAAGAGCUGGUAUUUUUGUAUACAACGCAAUAGAAUACAUUUUAAGAGAGUAUGAUACAACACAAUACCAUUUGAUACAACUUAACACAAUAUGAUACGAUAUAAUAUGAUACGAUACGAUACAAUGUGAUACAAUAUGAUAUGAUACAAUAUGAUACAAUAAGAUACAAUGCGAUACAAUACGAUACGAUACGAUACGUUCAAUAUGAUACAAUACGAUACGAUACAAUGUGAUACAAUAAGAUACAAUGCGAUACAAUACAAUACAAUACGAUACGUUCAAUAUGAUACAAUACGAUACGAUACAAUGUGAUACAAUACGAUACGAUACAAUGUGAUACAAUAUGAUACGAUACAAUAUGAUACGAUACAAUGUGAUACGAUAAGAUACGAUACAAUGUGAUACGUUACAAUACGAUAUGAUACAAUAUGAUGCCAUACGAUACAAUAUGAUACAAUAUGACACGAUACGAUACAAUGUGAUACAAUACAAUACGAUACAAUACGAUACAAUGUGACACGAUAAGAUAAAAUACGAUAAGAUAUAAUAUGAUACAAUAAACUUAAUAGGACCAUUUAAGAAAUCUGUCUUGGAUUCAAGCUCUUGAAAUAUUAACUUGACCCAACAAAAUUACUGAAAAAUUAAAGCCAUGAAAACAAACAUUUGUCCCUAUUCAAACAGAGAAGCGCCUACCAGUGAAACAAACAAACAAAAAAACAACACUACAGCUUUGCUCUCAUUUGCAGCCUCUCAGCAUGGCCUCCAGCAUGUCAAUGAGGAGUUUCUCCAUGAGUCGUCAGCCCUCCUUCUCCAGCCGCUCUCUGAUGGACACAGGCAGGGCUCGCUCCAGAGCCUCUGUCUCCUUUGCAGCGGCAAGCCCGCUGAGUCGCUCGUCCUCCAUUAGCCAAGAUCUCAAUGGACCAGCCAGCCUCCAGUUAAACGGACUUCACGGGAACAGCGCCAAUGAGAAGGAAGCCAUGCAGAGUCUCAACAACCGCCUGGCAAACUACCUGGACAAGGUCUGACACAUGAAAACCAUACUGACAAGUGAUUGGCCGGCAGCCAGAUGAGCGCUGGGAUGGAUGAGGAAAUUAUACAAUUAGUGGCUUGUUGAAACACUCUGAUCUUUCUGUUUCCAUUUCUUCAGGUACGUUCUUUGGAGCGCUCCAAUGCAGACUUGGAGAUGAAGAUUAAGCAGCUGAUGAUUGACCGCAUUCCUAAAGGUCAUGACCUUGACUCCAUGAUGGCCCAAGCUCAUGCCGUGGAGCAAGAGGUAGAUUGAAUCAGUUUGUAACAGGGGUUCAUUGAAACGGUUUUGAAUUGGUUAGUUAAUAAAGAUAAAGUGAUUGUGGCUUUAGUUGUUUUACAUUUAGAACAUAUUGAUGCAAAUGUUUGGUUUAGAGCAGCCUGUACUUCUCUUUGAGUUCAGUUGUACCAAACCAAGCCUGGAGUUAAUGAUUAUUUCUGAGAAACAGUUACAGUUUAAUGAGGCUGGAAUGUGUCCACCUCUGUCAUUUGACCUCAGUAACCUUUUGUAACCCCACGACAAAGUUUAAACACUCAUUACUGUUAUUCUAUUGAAUAUAAUCAAAACAUGAUGCAUCCAGUUUCAAAUGUAGAAGACGGUAUGAGCAUGGGGGACGAAACUGUGAAACGAACUUCAAUAAAAGACAUUAACUUUGCUGUGAUAUUCAUCAGGUGAGGAAGAGGACUUUGGAAAAUGCUCGUCUUAUGUUGGAGAUUGAUAAUGCUAAACUGGCCGCUGAUGACUUCAGAAUCAAGUGAGUAACAUGUUUGUGUCUGAGUUAUUUACAAUAGUUAUGUCUAUGUUUCCUCUCAAAGACUUUGAAUGUAUUUUUGUCUCUAUUUUAAUUGUGUGUUUUGUUCUCCUGUUUUAUUUCUGGACUUUUCUAGGUGGGAAACCGAGAUGGUGAUGUGUCAGUCUGUGGAGCGAGACUGUGUCGCUCUGAAAAAGGCAAAGACUGACCAUGAGCAGAUCAUCGCCUCUCUGAGAGGGGACCUGGACAGCCUGAAAGAAGAACUUUACUUCCUCAAGAAAAACCACGAAGAGGUAUUUUGUUAACUACUAUCACCUGUCCUCUUUUUCUCUUCUUAUUCUUUGAACACUGUCUUAUCGUGUGUGCUUUGGCUGCUCCAUUAGUCUACAUUUCCCCCUCUCGUUUUCAUUUCUGGCCCUCUCCCUGACUCUCCAGCCUGCCCUCACAAACAACAAGCUGUUUGAUAUCAGGCUGACCUCAUUUGCUGGACUUAAGAGCUGCUGUUAACAGCCUGGGGGGAGAGUAGAGAACAUGAAGAGAGGGAGUUAGAGGGAGAGAGGUGGUCUUAUGGUUACUUCUCACAAAAGCAGCAGGUAGAUCUGGUUUCCUGAACCGGCUUUUUCUGUCCAAUCAGCUGAUCCUGGGUGCCCAGACUACUUUUUUUCAGAGGGGUUGAGAAGCUCACUCCCCUAACAGAAGAAAGAAUGAUUUUCCUGCUCAACUAAGAGGUGUAAAUAUCAUCAAACAUAUUAGAUUCAUUGAAAUAUAAGAAUUUAAAGGUGCGAAAACAGAUUCACUUAAAUUUGGGUUCAGGAACCCUAACAUAAACCCUACGCUAGAUUUAGAGAAGGAUUCUAGACCAGAGGGACUGGAUUGUUCCACUGGAUUUGUCCGCCCUCUUUGACUCCAUUUGAAAGCCUGGUUGGUGUUAUUUUCUUCUGAACUAGUUCAUUGUGGUCUGUGACUGUCUCUUAUCUGCUGACAUCUAUAUCAGUCCAUUCUGUUGAAAACAGAGACUUUUCCCUGCUCUGUAACUGAAAAAAAUAGCAUCUCUGGGGGUUUUGGUGGGAAAUAGGUGACACAUUUCUGUCAUGUAUACCCUCCCAAAGCAAGAAAACGUUGUGCAUAUAAGCAGUUAUAUUGUUAAGUCUGAAAAAGAAUAGAAUAUUAAAAAUCAAUACAUAAUAAAAACAUUAAAAGCAGGCUGCAUGAUGUUGAGACUCUAAUUUGACACAAGACUCCACGAGAGAGAGAGUAAAAAGAGAGAGAUAGAGUUAACACAUGAAGGAGGAGCAGGAGUGGACCUGGUGUAGGUAAGGUGAGCUCUGCUCCAUCAACUAUUAAUGGAGAACAUCUAAAUUAUGGAGGUGCCCUCACAUCCUCUCUGCCACCCUGUGGUGUACGAUUCACCCACUAUUGCACAGGUGUUAAGCACAAUAACCAAUACAAUCAUGUAUACCGUACACAGUGUAAUUCAUGCUCAUGAUGUUACUUCAGUUAAAGUUUGGAGGCACCAUGUUAUCUUUUUUUUUAUCAUGAAAUACUGCACACACUGUUAGACAAACAAUAUGGAAAUGCUCUAUUUUUAUCAUUUUUUCUGUUCUUUCUGCAGGAAAUGGAGCAGAUGCGGUCACGUAUUGCUCGUGAUGAGGUGAAUGUGGAGGUGGACUCUGCAAGCGGACCUGAACUGGGCGCCAUCCUGUCUGACCUGCGCUCCCAGUACGAGGGGAUCGUGAAGAAGAAUAAGGAACAAGCAGAGCAGUGGUACCGCAAGAAGGUGUGGAGGGAAAAGAUGACUUUCACAUGACUAGAAUACUCAAAACCACUGAUUCAUCAAUAAUAAGGCAUCAGUUAGGACUGUGUGUGUUUUCGUUAAUUAUUAGAUGUGUAAAGUCUCUUUACAUGUAUGUAAAAUACCAGAAACUUCAGACAUGCAAGUUUUUUUUAAUCUUUUUGCCUUCUAAUAUCCAAAAUCAAGUUUUUUAAAAUAGCUGUAAAUUUUCACUAUUUUCAGAAGCCCUAGAAACAAAAACAAAAAAGACAUUUUUCACAAGUUAUGUAUUCAAUUAAAGGGUUUACUUUGGUGGUUGAAUUACCAGCUACUUCAAAUCCUUUUCUUCACACUGAAACAAAGUUACUGUCAAACUUUAUUAGAGUUUGUGCACUUGUGCUGCCAGUGAUUUUUAGCCCCAUGAAAUUUUGAUUUAAUAGUUUAAGGGCCCUCACAGUUGUGGGCUCUUAUUUUAAUUUUUCUCCUCCAUGCUUUGCUCCUGUUUAUGUUAAACCGCCUAUGGUUAUUCCAAAAAAUUCAACAAUUAACUCGAUUAUGAGAAAAAAAAGUAGCUUUUACAACUUUUACUUCAUUUUUACCUCAUUUUUUUUUAUCAUAUGUGCAUCAAUUUUGAUUUUUUUUUUCUCCUGUGCAGCUUGAGACAGUGCAGAAUGAGGUGAAGGAGAGCAACGAGGCUCUGAGAGGAGCUCAGGGCGAGCUGUUGGAGAGGCAGCGCUUCCUGCAGAAUCUAGAGGUGGAGCUGGAGAGUCUGCACAAACAGGUGAGUUGAUGUUACACCUGACAAGCAUAGAGCUACAUUCACACUGUUGUAUAUUAAGAAUUAAAAAAUGGAGCGCUUUAUUCGAGGUGCCAGGAGGAUUUAGUGAGAGCUGUUGGAGCAUGACAUAGUUGUGUUUUAGUCUUAAAAUAAUUAUGCAAUUAUGAGCUGUGCAAACAAAAUCUUAAGCACAUUGAAAGCUCUGCAAACACAUCAAUCUUGAUUUAAAGACAAGGUCACGAGUAUUACCUCUUCACAAAGCAAUGUUGGGAUAAAGAAACGCUGCUUUUGAAAAGGAUUUAUCAAAUCACAACACAAGUUCAGAUUAAGUCUCAGACUUGCUUCUCAAUCUGUGCACAUUCAUGUCGCUGUGUCAUAACAGUGUCUGGGAAGAACCUUUCUGUUUUUCUCUCUCUUAAUCCCGUGUUGAUGGUAAACAUGUUCUCCCACGCUGCUAAGUCAUGCAAGGACGUACAGGACUCAGUUGCUGAAUUAUAUGGGGGUGAGUUUCGGUGGUUAAAGGUGUAACCCUGUCUGAGCGGUGACUGUUUGUUUUGGAUGCCAAAGCCUCAUCAGUCCACAGGUAUUUGUUGAUAAUGGUUUAAAUUAAGAUUCAGAGGACCCUGUGUUGAUGGGUAAAUGCUUGGAAUCAGGGCAUUAAGAAUCAUUUUGGGAUAUUUCAUGAAUAGAAGCAUUGAUGUGCCUCUUGUCAAGCACACAAUAGUAAUAUGAGAUUCGGGUACCACUGAUGAGAAGGUUAUAUCUCCAUUAUUUUCCAUUUUUCUCCUCAGGUAGCAGCUCUGGAGGGUAACCUGGGUGAAACAGGUGCGAAAUACACCGGUGAGAUGGAGCGGCUGCAGACCACUCUAAGCCAGAUGGAGGACGACCUCUCCCAGCUAAGGCUGGACAUGCAGCGCACCAAAACUGACUACGAGCAGCUCCUUCGAAUCAAGCAGAACCUAGAGAUGGAGAUCGCCACCUACAGGCGUCUGCUGGAGGGAGAGGACACGUAAGUUGUCAUGAAUAAAUGUCAGGAAAUCAAUCAGUCGAUCAAAUUUUAUUGAUAUAGCGCCAAUUCACAACAGUCGUCAUCCCAAGACGCUUUCCAAAGAAAAAGAGCAGGUCUAGACCAUGCUCAUCGUUUGAUGAGUUAUCAAGACCCAACCCAAGAUGGGAUCUGACAAAUUGUGUGGGUGUUUUUUCUCACGGUUUUUCAAAGACGGAUAUAACCCUAAAAAAUACACAUGCAGCCAAGCAAGAAAACCUCCCACAUUAAAUAAUUAACCGAACUGUUCACUGUAAAAACACACCGUAGCUAACAGACUAACUCUCAACUUUGAGGUAAUAUACUCAGCCCUAAUUUGCAUUCAAAACCAAAACAUAAUGCAAAACAUAGUUUUCUUUGCAUACAACUCAGUUUGGGAAGCCUAUAAAUAGCAAACUAAAGCUAGGAACACGAGUAUUACGGUAAAGGUGCUACCUUUCAUCAGACACAUCCUUGCUGCUUUCCUGUUCAGCUAAGCUAACUAGCCAGUUGCUCUCAUUAUUCUUUCGACAGAAUGAAAAGUGACUUUAAUCCUUUCAUGAAACUCUUAUCAAGAUAGAAUUGUUGGGGCUUUACUCUGAAACAUGUUUGUGUUGUUUUCAAGUCCAAACAAAUCUAAUUCUGACAUGUUUACUCUUCGCUCCUCAGAGUCAAGGAUGUUGCUCCUCCACCGAAAAGUGAGUAGACCCACUUUGCAAUUGAUGUUCAACAGAUAGAGUGAACAAUUUUAUCACAACCAGAUGGAAAAAUCAUGAGGAGUUCACUGAAGCUUUAAUCAUGAAGGGGAGACGCAGAGUGCUAAAAUAUCCCUGCAGCUUGUUGUAUGAUAACGCAGGCUGUAUGUUUUUUAAAGGGUGAAUUUGAGACAGUGCUGCUUGUAAGGCUGCAGACGAAACACAAGCCUACAUGACGUAUAACAUUACACACACACGAGAGAGGUAGAUCUAGUGAGUGUUACACUGAGCUAAAAAAAUGCAAACACUGCUAAUGGUUCAGUUUCUGAGGCAACAAAAUGUGGGUAUGACAGUUUACGCUAGGUUGUUAAAAUAUGUCUUCAUCUGACUGAUUUACACUGAAGGAUUAAAGGGAAAUUUAAAGGCCAGAGUUGUUCAUGCACACGUUUUUAGUGGAAAGUGCUCAGGCUUUUAAGACAGGACAGGGAAUUCAGUGCACUACAACUUCAACUCCCAUUGACUCCCAUAUCACCACUUAGCUUCAUGUCAUCUAACUUCAUGUCAUCUAAUCAGUAUGAACCUCUCCCAUAACUUUUCUCUGCAGAGGAGCCUGAUGUCCGCACCAGGAAGAUUGUGAAGGUGGUCACCCAGACAAUGAUCAACGGCAAAGUGGUGGACGAAUCCAGCGAGGUGGAGCAGAUUGAGGAGUCCAAGAAAUAAAAGAGGAAUGAUGUGAUGAUAGAAAAAACUAACUGAACAGAUAGUUGCUGUAAAACAUUGGAGGUUUUAGAGCAAAGGAGGGAGAGAGAAGAGUGACAGAGGAAAAACAGAGAUUAGCGUCAGAGUAUAUAUCAGGAGUAUUUGAGCGGCAUUUAUCUCCACAGCAUUAUUUUGAACAGGGCUUUCCUGGGGUCAUUGUUUGGCUUGUAAUAUCAUGUGUUUUUAGAAACAUGUACCGUAGCUUUGUAUGCUUAUACUCAUUUUGAAUAGAGUUUGGUGUAUUUGUGUGGGUUUAUGUAAGAUCAACUGACUAACCAUCUUCUCAAAACUUAUUGUCAUGCUGUGACUAAAGGGACAUUUACUUCAAUAUGCUGACUUUACAAGAAAACCAUGUCAUCAUCGUUGCUGUUUUGUGUUUUUAAUCUGUCUGAAUAAAGUUUCAUUCCAUGCCAUUCAAAAA